CUUGCCAUGGAAAAACUUACCCACUAUGCAACGAGUUAUCUUCUACAGACUCCACGAGUUAUCAGCCGAGUCCUUUUACUCCCAGAUCUUCCCCAAGCUCGAGCGUUCUCUCUCCAUCACCCUCCACCACUACUCUCCCCUCGCUGGCCGCCUUACGUGGGACGCUCAAGAUCCAAAGCUUUGCAUCCUCUUCUCCCAGGGCGACUCAACCACGCUUACCGUGGCAGAGACCGAGGCAGAUUUCUCCUGCGUUUCAGGAGAUGGACUGCGUCCGGCGGCAGAGUUACGUUCCUUUGUUCCGUCUUUGAAAGCCUCAGAUGAUUCAGCAUCUGCGCUUUCUCUGCAGAUCACGUUUUUCCCAAACCAAGGGUUCUGCAUCGGCGUCACAUCGCACCACGGUGCUGUCGACGGGAAGGUAUUUUUGAUGUUUAUAAAAUCAUGGGCUUACGUUUGUCGAUUACAGGAACAUGAAGCUACUAAGAAUUUACCUGUUCUACCCGAGGAACUAACUCCUAGUUUCGAUCGUACGGUCAUCAACAUUCCGACCAGACUGGAGGAAGAGAUCUUGGGAAUGUCGGCAAAGUACAGGAACAACAUCAUGAGGACGCUGAAUCCAUCCCCGGCACCUGAGAUAACUGCUGACACCAUCAGUGCCACGGUUGAGCUAACUCGAGAGAACAUAGAAAAACUCAAGGAGCGAGUCAAGAACGAGUCAACUAGGCCACUCGAGCUGCGCUUGUCAACUUACGUCAUUGCUUUUGCGUACGCUUGGACUUGGGUGGUGAAGGCAUGUGAAGACGAUGCAAACAGACCGGUCGGUUUGUUGGUCGCAGCGGAUUUCAGGCACCGGUUAAGUCCGCGAGUUCCGGAUACUUACUUCGGGAACUGCGUGUUUCCAAUAGGUUUGUUCGGAUAUGAAGCGAGGGAAUUUUCUGAAGAAGAUGGUUUUGUCAAGGUCGUAGAGAUCCUAAGCGAUGCAGUACAUGGUUUGGAUUCGGGAGAGAUAGAGUCACACUGCAUGAACUAUGUGGGUGGAGUGAAGAAAAUUAAACCGGGUGCACAAAUUGGGGCAAUCGCAGGGUCACCCCGGUUAGGGAUAUAUGGAGUAGAUUUCGGGUGGGGCAGACCUGCUAAAACUGAUCUCGUGACCAUUGACCGCACCAAGGGAUUCUUCUCUUUGUCGGAGAGGAAGAAUGGGCAAGAUGGUGUGGAGAUGGGAUUGUGCUUGGAGAAGAGUGAGAUGAACAUCUUUCUUUCUUUAUACAAAAACGGCCUCUAACUAUGCACCAUUACGUAUGGACACUAUUCUUGGCUCACUCUUUGAGAUUUAUAAGAAUCAGAACAGAAAACUAGUAGGAAUAUAUUAAAAAUGAAUGGGAGUGUAUGAGUUAAGAAUUAGUUGUCUAUUGUUUGUUCUUCCUCUUGUCUUAUAAUUUGAA